UUUACCCUGAAGUGAAGAUAAACCCACAUGCAUCCCGCCCUUCACAUGUAAGACAUUAGCUGUUGAAGAUCGUCGCCCCGUCCAGAUCUCAACACAACUUUAAUACCACCCUCGACUUGUUCAAUAUGGCAGGUCAGAUUCAGCUUCGCACUAUGUAACGCAAUGAUUCCAUGGCAUGUCUCUGAUAUGCUUUUGGGGCAUCGCGCCCCGCUGCUGCUUGCCGCUCCGUGCUAUCAUUCUCCUACGAAAGUCCGGUUUCUUGGAACCUGCUUGGUUAUCUACGCUAAUUGGUUUAAGUGUAGUCGCUUUGGGAAGUUGGUAAUUGCGGUUGGCCAAUAUAUAACACGGGAUAUUAAUACAAGUAGGAGAGAUCGGCGGGAUGUCUAUAUAAACUGGUCACAGACUUUAAGAAUCAUCGUCCAUGCAAGACUUCGGAUAGCUGGUUAGGUGUUACUGCCUAGGUAACCCACUAUAUUUGCGUAUAUCCGCCUAGUAGUACCGCCUGACUCGGAACGUAACCAAACUGACCAACCUCAAUAUCUUCAUCAUGAGGUUCUCAUUCACCUUCGGCGGUCUCCUAUCCGCGAGCGUCGUGCUCGCCGCGCCGGCGCCAAUUCCGGUUGCCGAGCCGGUUCCUAUGCCCAUGCCCACUCCUCCUGGCAUCCCGUCCGCCUCGUCCGCUAAAUCGCAGCUCGCAAGCUUGACCGUCAAGGCCGCGGUCGACGACGGAGCAUACAAGCGGGACUUGUUCCCGACGUGGGACACCAUCACGGGAACCUGCAACACGCGCGAGUACGUGCUCAAGCGGGACGGUGCCAGCGUCCAGGUCGGUUCCGACUGCUACCCGACGAGCGGCACGUGGACCAGCCCCUACGAUGGCGGGAAGUGGACGUCCCCAGCCGACGUGGAUAUCGAUCACAUGGUGCCUUUGAAGAAUGCCUGGAUUUCCGGUGCGAACAAAUGGACAACUGCCAAGCGCGAGCAAUUCGCCAACGAUGUUGACCGGCCGCAGCUCUGGGCCGUAACGGACAAUGUUAACUCGUCCAAGGGUGACAAAUCCCCCGACACCUGGAAGCCGCCUCUAAAGAGCUUCUAUUGCACUUAUGCGAGCGCUUAUGUCGCCGUUAAGAGCUAUUGGGCCUUAACUAUCACUUCGGCUGAGAAAUCGGCCCUGAGCGACAUGUUGGGAACUUGUUAGGUACCUACAUAAGUCCACGAUGUGUGCUGUUAAGUCGAAUGUGUUUGGCGGCGCUAGAGUUUACGAAGACUGGCGGGUUGUCUUCAUUCCAGAGCCUAGAAAUUACAUCAACGAACGGAAGACAAUAAAAUAAAGAUAAUUGAUUUUCAUAAACUUUGACUUGUGCCUCGCGAUCAAAU